ACCUAAACCGGUAUUGGUGAUGCUCUUCUUCUCUCUCCUCAUCUGUGCCGUCCACCUCAGCGAUGCCAAAUGUCGUCUGCUACAGGUAGAAUAACACAGGACUAGCAAGAUAAGGAAUAUCAAGGAUUUGGAUCCUGGGGCCGGAUGCCGUCCUACGAGCACAGGAGUAGCGCGUCUCUAAUGGCUACAAACUCUGUUUGAAUUGGAGUUUGUAAUCCAAAUGGAGCUUCACCUUCAGUUACCUGAUGCCGCUAAAUAUAAACCAUGUUUGUCCUCUUCGUCUUCAUCUUUUCUUACGUUCGAUUCUCGCAUUAUACUUCCCUGGAAAUCACCGGGCAGAGCAAAACAACCCUUUUCUUUGCGAUUCGUGAAGUCGGAGAAAAAGAGCCUUGAGAAAUCGAAGGGGCUUCAGAGGGAAGCGAAGAGAGAUCUUUCACGGAUUCUUCGGACUGAAGCUGCUACUAAAGGCAUUGAAAAGAAAGCCAAUUCUGCCAAAUCUAAUCGUCUUUGGCCCAAAGCGGUUUUGGAAGCUUUGGACGAUUCAAUAAAUAACAACCACUGGGAAUCUGCUCUCAAGAUAUUUGGACUUCUUCGUAAGCAACACUGGUACCAACCAAGAUGCCAAACAUACACGAAGCUCUUAAUGAUGCUUGCAAAGUGUGGGCAACCUAAGCAGGCAAGUUUUCUAUUUGAGGUCAUGCUAUCUGAAGGGCUCAAACCUACUGUUGAUGUUUACACUUCACUUGUGAAUGCUUAUGGCCUCAGUGGUCUUUUUGAUGAAGCAUUCCAUACUGUGGAUGAUAUGAAGUCUGUAUCAGACUGUAGACCGGAUGUAGUCACUUAUUCAACCCUCAUCAACUGUUGCACUAAAUUCCAUCGUUUUGAUCUGAUUGAUCCAUUGCUCACAGAGAUGUCAUAUUCCGGUAUCCAAUGUAGCACUGUCACAUACAACACUAUCAUUAAUGGGUAUGGAAAAGCUGAGAUGUUUGAACAGAUGGAGAAAGCAUUAAUGGACAUGAUUGAGAGUGGUCAAUGCCUGCCUGAUGUUUUCACGCUGAAUUCUAUUGUCUGGGCUUAUGGGAAUGCUGGACAGAUUGAAAAUAUGGAGAAGUGGUAUGAUGAGUUCCAACACAUGGGGAUUAGACCAGACAUAAGAACGUUUAAUACACUAAUGAGAUCAUAUGGAAAAGUGGGCAUGUUCGAGAAAAUGGUGUCUGUGUUGGAGUUUAUGGAGAAAAGGUUCUUCUCUCCAACCAUCGUUACCUUCAAUAUAAUUAUUGAGAUGUUUGGGAGAAACAGGAAUAUAAAAAAGAUGGAGUACUUUUUUCAAAAAAUGAAACACCGAGGCAUAAAGCCUAAUUCUAUCACUUACUGUUCUCUGGUUAGUGUAUAUGGUAAAGCUGGACUCUUGGACAAGGUUGAUUCUAUCUUGAGGCAGGCAGAUAAUUCUGACAUAGUUCUGGACACUCCAUUCUUCAAUUGUGUCAUCAGCGCAUUUGGCCAGGUUGGGAAUAUUAAGCGGAUGGAGGAGAUGUUCUUGAUAAUGAAGGAGAAAAAAUGCAUGCCUGAUAAGAUAACCUUUGCCACUAUGAUCCAGGCCUAUAAGGUACAAGGGAAUUUGGAGGCUGUGCGUGAGUUUGAGAAGGAGAUAUUUAACGGGGAAAAAACUCAGGUACCUGAUUAUUGAUGAUUAUAUGGUGUUGAGAAUACUCUCUGAAAUAAAAUGGUAGGGCAGUGGAUUGCCAUGCUGCUUGUUUGGAAUGAAAUCUUCCACUCCAAGCAAAUGGGAGCAUGGGAGGGGGCAUCGCGUGGUUCAUAUACAGGUGGCGCACAUGCCAGGCAGGAUAGAGUGUGAGAGGGCGUAUGACACUGGCAGCAUGGCUAUCAUUUUGUCAGGUUGGAAAAGUUUAGAAUGGUAGUUCAGGUUCUUCAGCUACACGGAAAAUGUCCAAACAUGGCAUACCUCUCCUUUAAAUGGCCUCCUCCAUGGCCAAAAAGCAUAUACUCUUCAUGCUGGAGGUGUUCAAGUUAUCAAGUCUCAAGAUGUAUUUGGCGGCGUAUCGGUGUAUUGGUAUAUUCAGUUAUGGAGACAGGAAACGAUGUGAAUCCCCAUGGGGGGAAAAGGGGGGGGGGGGGUUGUGGAGUAACAUAUCCAACUGUCUCAACCAACCUUGGUUGAGAUGACCUGAGGUGGGUCGAUACAUUUCGGUACAGACCCAGUCGUUGUGGAGUAACAUAUCCAACUGUCUCAACCAACCUUGGUUGAGAUGACCUGAAGUGGGUCGAUACAUUUCGGUACAGACCCAGUCGUACUGAAACACCUCCCUGUUUUGUCAUUCAGUCCCUUGAGUGAGUUCGAUAGCCCAUUCCUUGCUGCUUGCUUAGUAGCCCAUCCACACCCGAAUUGGCUAAAACUAGUAUAGGUGUUAUAUCCUCCGUUUGCCAUACCUGGAAUCUCAAACCAGCACCAAGGCUGAGGGGGUGGAGUAAGAGUAACAUAUCCAACUGUCUCGACCCAUUUUGGUUGAGAUGACCUGAGAUGGGUCGACACACUUCAGUACAAACCCACUUGUACUGAAACACCUCCCUGUUUUGUCAUUUCCUACAAAACUGGUUAGCAGAUUCUCCCUUUCCUUCAAAUUCACUUUCCAAGGCCAGAAAAAAGAGCAAAAACCGAUCCUGAAAGCUAGAAUGACUCAGAUUCAUGAUGAAAUCGAGGUGAAAACAAAGUUAAAUCCACCCUGAGAGUGGAUCAAACUCUCAACCAGUAAAAGAAGUUAUGUUUGAAACCCACAUUUUUUUUGCAAGGUUGAAAGGUCAAUGCUGAUUGAUGGGGCUUGGGAAGAGGGCACGAAGACAACGAAAGAAGAUGUUGAUCCCUCGGUUGAUACCAUGGCGGUGAUUCAGAAAAGAAAUAAAAAAUAUUUGAAGAAGAGAAACAAGAGAAUAUCAGUCCAGACACUACUAUGGACCAUAGAGCAACAUGCCCUGAUAACAUGUAAUUUGGGAAGAAAACAUUGACCACUGUGGCUGAUUUAUUGAUAUUUGUUGGGGGUAUAAACCCCUAAAGUAACAUUCAAGAUGAUUGAUUACACAUAAAACAGAAACCUUGAUUAUCUUUAUCAGUCAACAUCUUAACAAUGCAUAUCAAUAUACCACAUUUUUUAUUCAGUCUAA